CGCAGGUGUUGGUGGAAUGAGCGUUGCGUGUGUUUUGAAGAGAAAAGCAGUACUCUGGCAGGACUCGUUCAGCCCCCACCUGAAACAGCACGCUCAAGAUACAGCUAAUCCCAACAUGCCUGUUGUAUUGACAUCUGGAACAGGGUCCCAGGCUCAGCAACAGCCAGCUGCAAAUCAGGCGCUUGCAGCGGGGACGCACUCCAGUCCUGUUCCUGGAUCCAUAGGAGUCGCAGGCCGCUCCCAGGACGACGCUAUGGUGGAUUACUUCUUCCAGAGGCAGCAUGGUGAGCAGCUUGGGGGAGGAGGAAGUGGUGGAGGCGGCUAUAAUAACAGCAAACAUCGCUGGCCUACUGGGGAUAACAUUCAUGCAGAACAUCAGGUGCGUUCCAUGGAUGAACUGAAUCAUGAUUUUCAAGCGCUUGCUCUGGAAGGACGGGCUAUGGGAGAGCAGCUGUUGCCGGGUAAAAAGUUUUGGGAAUCUGAUGAUUCCAGCAAAGAUGGACCAAAAGGGAUAUUUCUGGGAGAUCAGUGGAGAGACAGUGCUUGGGGAACAUCAGAUCACUCUGUUUCCCAACCAAUUAUGGUUCAGAGAAGACCUGGUCAGGGCUUUCAUGUGAAUAGUGAAGUCAACUCAGUGCUUUCACCACGGUCAGAGAGUGGAGGACUUGGAGUUAGCAUGGUGGAGUAUGUGUUGAGCUCAUCUCCUGGAGACUCCUGCCUAAGGAAAGGAGGAUUUGGGCCAAGGGAUGCAGAGAAUGAUGAGAAUGACAAAGGGGAUAAGAAAAAUAAGGGCACAUUUGAUGGCGAUAAAUUAGGAGAUCUGAAGGAGGAGGGGGAUGUGAUGGAUAAAACAAAUGGUUUGCCUGUGCAGAAUGGAAUCGACGCAGAUGUCAAAGACUUCAGCCGUACACCUGGUAAUUGCCAGAACUCUGCUAGUGAAGUAGAUCUUUUGGGUCCAAACCAGAAUGGAUCAGAGGGCUUAGCCCAGCUGGCGAGUACUAACGGUGCCAAGCCGGUGGAGGAUUUCUCCAACAUCGAGUCCCAGAGUGUCCCUCUGGAUCCCAUGGAGCACGUUGGCAUGGAGCCUCUUCAGUUUGAUUAUUCUGGCACUCAAGUACCCGUGGACUCGGCCGCAGCCACCGUGGGCCUCUUCGAUUACAGUUCCCAGCAGCAGUUGUUCCAAAGACCGAAUGCACUUGCGGUUCAACAGCUAACAGCAGCGCAGCAGCAGCAGUACGCGUUGGCAGCUGCCCAUCAGCCUCACAUAGCAGGUUUAGCUCCUGCUGCCUUUGUCCCCAAUCCGUACAUCAUCAGCGCCGCUCCGCCGGGAACAGAUCCGUACGCAGCCGGACUUGCAGCAGCUGCGACAUUAGGUCCGGCGGUUGUUCCUCACCAGUACUAUGGAGUUACGCCCUGGGGAGUUUAUCCUGCCAGUCUCUUCCACCGCGCUGCAACUAACUCGGCAAAUCAGCAGACCACUCAGCAAACCCAGCAGGGCCAACAACAGGUCCUACGCGGAGGAGCCAGUCAGCGUCCUCUGACCCCGAAUCAGAACCAGCAGGGACAGCAGACCGAUCCGCUGGUGGCUGCCGCAGCCGUCAAUUCCGCCCUUGCCUUUGGACAAGGGCUGGCAGCGGGGAUGCCAGGUUACCCGGUGCUGGCUCCUGCUGCUUACUACGACCAAACGGGUGCUCUCGUGGUGAACGCGGGGGCCAGGAACGGCCUGGGGGCCCCCGUCCGCCUGGUAGCCCCCGCUCCAGUCAUCAUCAGCUCCUCCGCCGCGCAAGCGGCAGUUGCAGCGGCUGCAGCUUCAGCCAACGGCGCAGCGGGCGGCCUGGCAGGAACGACAAACGGACCAUUUCGCCCUCUAGGAACUCAGCAGCCCCAGCCCCAGCCCCAGCAGCAGCCCACCAACAACCUGGCAUCCAGCUCGUUCUACGGCAACAACUCUCUCAGCAGCAAUUCCCAGAGCAGCUCGCUCUUUUCUCAGGGCUCUGCCCAGCCUGCCAACACUUCCCUGGGAUUUGGAAGCAGCAGCUCUCUCGGUGCUACGCUGGGGUCUGCGCUGGGAGGAUUUGGGACAGCAGUUGCUAACUCCAACACGGGCAGCGGCUCAGACUCCCUUACAGGGAGCAGCGACCUGUACAAGAGGACAUCCAGCAGUUUGACACCUAUAGGACACAGUUUUUAUAAUGGCCUUGGGUUUUCUUCCUCUCCUGGACCUGUGGGAAUGCCUCUGCCCAGCCAAGGACCCGGCCACUCUCAGACUCCGCCACCUUCCUUAUCUUCACACGGAUCAUCCUCAAGUUUAAACCUGGGUAAGAGCCACGGUGCCACUGUCCCAGCCCUGCGG